AUGGAUCGAUUACUUAAACUUUUGGACAAAUUUCAACAAAAUCAACAGCAAUCACUAUCUAAUCCUUCUAUUGGUGGAAUUCAUACGGAUUAUGAAUAUGAAUCACAAGGAAUCGAAGAGAGUUCAUCCUCAUUAAGUAGUAAUUUACGGAAUGAUCUGACCCAAUUACCAAUUAAACAUGCUCUAACAACAAUAGAACAACGUUGUAAUACGGAUAAUUUUGAUGAUAGCAAUUCUAGUAUAAAUCAAAUUACCGGUGAUGCUACUACUAAAUUAAUUAUGCAAAGGUAUAAAAUCAAAUCAUCGCACUAUCCAUCGCCCGGUAUAAAUAAACGGCAUUGCUCAACCGGACUAUCUAUCGAGCAUAAUAUGCAGCCGGGAACGUCCAUUGAUUCCGGUUCAGGUAUCAGUGAGGGAGCAAUAGCAGCAGCUAAUGGUAAGAGAUUAAUAAUGUGA